AUGUCGACGUCAAACACCCUUCGCCCUCUCGCCGGUCUGAAACAAGCCGUGCGACAAUGCCGUGCUGAACGGAAGCAAUGUCGACACUAUGCGACCACCACACAGGAGCAAUGGGCAGCAACAUAUCCCCCGGAGAAAUGGGCAGCAACGUAUCCCUCCUUGGAGCCUGCACAGCCAAGCAAAUACAAGGCCCCUUCGGAAGGCUUUCGUCCUUCACAAGCCAUAAAGCAAAAUCGUGAGUUCAAGUCGAGUUCGAAGGCUGAGCAUCAGCUAACAACGUUCAAGGUGUUAACGAAAACUUGCGAAAGAUCAAGACAUAUCCAUCGCCUCGCUCCGCCCUCCAGAUAUGCCCGGAUCCGGUCAAAGUUGUGUUUGAGAGCCAGCUAAAGACGCUCGAUCCUACAGGGGCGCGUACACGCCUUUUCUCACCGCAAAACGCUGACCGCGUAAAACCGGGUGACAUUCUCCUCGUUCGAUUCAAGAACGGCGACCCUUUCAGUGGAGUCUGCAUCACCAUCCGACAACGAAACUCGCCGAUAGAUACGGCAAUUCUGCUCCGAAAUCAACUAACAAGAGUUGGAGUGGAGAUGUGGAUCAAGAUAUAUUCUCCCAAUGUGGAAGGGAUAGAGAUAGCCCAGAGGAAGCAGGGCAGACGGGCCAGGAGAGCGAAGCUUACCUACAUGCGGAAGCCCAAGCAUGAUAUCGGAAGUGUCGAGAACAUUGUCACACAGUAUAUGAAGCAGCGGCUGGGCACUGCCUCGAGUGGGUCUGUAAAAGGGCGGGAUGCGAACAGCCACAAAAAGGGUGGAAAGGGCAAAAAGGGCGGGAAGAAGUAG